AUGAAUCAAACAACAGUAAUUACAUUCAGUCAUGUAUCAAUGCGUGCAAAUUCAACGCUACCAAGUGAUCAAGCAGUCGGACAACCAACACGACAAGCUACAUUUAUUGGUGCAAUACUUGCAUUUGUUUUCAUAUUUUUGGGUCUUAUUGGUAAUAUACUUCUUAUAACAACGAUACUUUCCGUUAGAAAACUUCGAACAAAUAUUAUUAAUAUAUUCAUCGUUUCGCUACAGUUCAAUGAUUUACUCAAUAUUGGUUUCAAUCAAUUUUUCGUCGGUCUUUCCUAUGCAAAUCAUGCUUGGCUUGGCGGACAAUUGAUAUGUAAUUUAGUUGUUUACUUUUCAACGGUUUGUAUGGGCUGUCUUCUGUGGCAUCAUUGUUUAAUUGCUAUACAUCGGCUAAUAGUUGUCGUUUACCCAAAUUUACUACGUCGUAUGUCGGUUAAAACUUAUGUAAUUGUUUCACUUGUCAUAACACGUGCACUACCGAUAAUAUGCUGUAUACCAUCAUUUAUGAAAAGUUCAAUUCCAUAUUCAUCUCAAGCAUUGCGAUGUUCAAUACGCAAUAAAUUACAAAUAUUUAUCAAUGUAUCGAUAUUAAUUGUAUUGCCAAAUGUAAUAAUUAUAUUUUGUUUUCUUGGAAUAUUUUGUCAUGUUUAUCAUGCAUCACAUUCAAGUGGACGUACAACAAAUACAAGUGCAGUAUCAGUAUCGCACUCAUUGAGACGUGAAAUACGAAUAACAAAAAUGUUUGCAGUGUUAUUUACAUUAUUUUUUCUUGGUUAUCAUCCGUAUGGUUUUGUACGAGCAUAUGAUAAGCGUCGACAAUUACAUCCAGAUAUAUUCGUAUUAUUAACACUACUUUAUUGUAUAUCCAUAUGUGCAUCGCCAUUCGUCUAUGGCAUCAUGAAUAAUCAAUUGCGACAAGAAUGUAUGAGAGUUAUAUUCAAUUGUUGGCAUUGCCAAAGAAUUGAUGAUUAUAAAAAAUAUUCUCAUCAUCGCUUAAACUCAGCUGCAACACAAGCAUUAACCGUUGUUAAUGAUACGGGCGGUGAUGGUCAAGCUAGUCCAUCGAGAUUAUCGAUGCGAGAUUUAAAAUGUACAGCAGAAAGAAAGAAAAACUCAACAGUAGUUUUAUUUGAGAAUAAUCAUGUUUAA